AUGACCGAGAAGGAUAUCGAGCAUCACACGCAGUACGAACAAGGAACAGACAGAAGGGAAGAGUACGAACAGGGGCGACAAGAACAAGGACAAGGGACACACACCAACCCCUCAAUAACAGGCUCAGAGAACCAAAAUGACCACGACGAUUCGUUUCUCCCUCCUCCGCUACCCGAUCACGACGACAGCAGCCUUCUGCUCCUAUCCAGCGAGGACGAUGGCGACCACGAACGCGGCGACAACCAGACCUUUCUCGAGGAGAAGGAGAUGUGGAGGAAACUAAUGGACAUGGAGUCUAGUUUCCUUCCAGAACCAUCUACGAUUGACAUGAAUGCUGCCACCAAUGAGGAUGAUACAUACUUGGUUGGGGCCCCGGAGAAAUAUGCUAAUGCACCACCGCCCAAUCCUACCCAACCGGAGGACCAGUCUCAGCUAUCCAUAGGGGAUGAGACAGGCCAUGACCUCACGUCUAUCCAGGAAGAUGAUACGCCCGCUCCACAAACUCCGCGUCAGAGUGCAGGAGAGGGAAAUACGACGAUCGACAUGGAGACUACUACGCCCGCUGGUCAUCCUCCGGAGCGACAGCAUGAAGACGAAACUACCAUACUUGAAAAUCCCUUUUCGUCACCAGCCGCUCAGGUCGCAGCGAGAAACGAGAACCGGAAUCUGUCGGGAUCAGUAUUAGAGAAUACCGGAGUUGGUCAAAAAUACCAGGACGGGGGAAACCCAUCAGCUGACAGGUCGGUUACACCACAGUCGCGACGGUCCUCGCAACAGAUGCGAACUAGUUCCCAAAGCGGCAAGUCCAAAAUAUUUCACGACAGUAGUGACGGAGAGAUGGCUCCCCGUGCUACUGUUCGAAGGGGAAAUAGGCCAAAGUAUCUGAACAGUCGCCAAUCGGCCCAACGGCUAUCCUACUCUUCUAUUGCGACGACCAACACCGAAGCGACCCAUAGCGAUGCGACUCUGGGUGCUGAUUAUGCGCUUCAAUCAGGAGGCGCGGCUCCGGAGAGUGCGAGUGACGCUCAACCCGGGCAGCAUGGCAACCUAGCGCGUUCUGUUAGCCUGGGGAGCGUGGCAUCGGGCAUCUCAGGGUACAGCGAUGAGAACCCGCUUGACAAGAGUAAUAAAAAUCCCGCAGGAGCCUCUGAUAGUGGUCUGCAUACUCUGAGCGAGGAGGAAGGUCAUACUUCGCAGUCCCGGCCGAGCUCCCGGCCAGCCCCAGGGUCACCUCAGCAAGAAACAUCCACAGAAGAUAUCGAGCCGAUGACACCAAGGGCGAAGCCAUCAGAACACAGCCUCCCUACAGACACCGCCAUUACGGAACGCAUCAAGGACAUACAGGUUCCCAGUGCCUUUUCCAGACAGUUCCGGGAGGAACUUGGCCACCAUUCUUUGUCUCCGGAGAGGCGUACAGGGCCAACUUCCACUUCAGCAUUUGGAAGAAGUGGUCGGAGCAUGACGCUCAAAGAGCAGAGCAGCACGAUUGAUCGUCUGUCAAAGGAGAACUUUGAUCUGAAGAUGAGGAUCCACUUCCUCAACGAGGCUUUGGAUAAACGCUCAGAGGAGGGUAUCAAGGAAAUGAUAUCAGAGAAUGUGGAGUUGAAGUCGGAUAAGUUGAAGAUACAAAAGGACAACCAAGGUCUCAAGAGGAAGGUUCGUGAUUUGGAGAAGCAAAUCAAGGAUCAGCAAUCAGACAAGGAGUCCAUGGUGAAUCACGAUCCUGAAGGCUCGGAUGAUGAGCAACGUGAUUCGAUGCAAAAUGAAGAGAUACUUUAUCUACAAGAAAGGAUGGAGACUUAUGAACUUGAGAUUGAACGUCUUCGCUCAGAAAGCAUCGCGAGGGAGUCUGAGAAGAGAAGACUUGCUGAGAUGGUCAAAUCGCUCAGCAAUGGUAGGCCCAUUGGCUCUGAUGUUGGGUCGAGGGAGGAGAGGGAUAUGUGGAAGGAUAUGCUUGACGCGGAGACCGCCGCACGUGAGCAAGCGGAAGAAGAAAACAAGGUUCUCCGCGAUGAGACGCUGCGCCUGAGAAGUGAGAUGGAGUUUGCACUGGGCAGUGCCAGGUCAGGCCAGCGUGACCCAACGCUCGCAGGGGUUUCCUAUUACUCAAGCACGACAGACCGGGAGUUCAACCGCAACUCGAGCGGCGGUACUCUUUUGAUAGAGCUGGAGCUCCUGAAGCAAGAAAACGCCGAAUUAAGAAAGGAAGUCAGUGCGCAGACAUCCAUGCUCACGUCUCGGAACCGAGAAAAGGAGCGUCUGUACCAGGAGAUUGAGGAGCUGAAGCUUGGACAACGCCGUGAGGGGAGUCGGUCGAUUGCUGGGGACAGCAUCUUUGACCGCUCGGCUUCGCGUGCACAUGGAAGGUCUUCUUCGCGGACCAGUGAAAUGUCACCGGAAGAUGAAGCUGAUCGGGAGGAACUCGAGCUUCGCAAUGGACAACUGCGUGAUCAGGUUUCCACGCUGAAACUGGAGAACCAAACAACCCGAGACCAGCUGGAAGAAUACACCCAAGAACUCGAAGCACUUGACAAGGCCUACCAGGCCGAUGAGCGCGACCAAGCCCUGCAAAUGGCCGAGGAACGCGACGCCGCUUUCCAGGACCUCAGAGCGGAAGCUCAAGAAGAACUCGAUGCUCUCGCGGGAGAGCUGGAGCAGAAGGUAGAAGAAUGCCAGCGCUUAAACGAGGAGGUUCGGAGCCAGGAUGAGAGCCUUCAAGUAUUGCAAGCGGAGAUGCGUUCGGCCGGCGAGGGCAUUAUUCGUCUCGAGGAAGAUGCGCAGAACAACUUGGAGCGGUACAAGGCUGUUCAGCAAGAACUUGAAGACUCAAAUCGGGAGAUGGAGCAGUUGGAGCAGAGUCUCUACGAGGCAAACACCAAGGUCCAGCGACUUACUGUGCAGAUCGAAUCGAGCCACAAUGAAAUUGCCUUCCUGCGCGAAGAGCAAGAUGGUGAUAAGAUCAAGAUUGGUGAUCUCGAGUCAGACCUGAAGACUUACGAGAUCAACCUUGGUAGCGAAAGAGACAAGACCAGAGAUCUGGAAGCUCGCCUGGCGGAAGAGAGACACCAGCGAGAGGUUGUUGGAGGUAAAGAGAAGCAGGAAGUCCAGCGGAUCGUGAACGAGUUGAACCGCGAGGCGUCCUCUGCCAAGGAUGAGUUGCGAAGACUCAGGAAGGCCCUAUCUGCCCAAGAAGUCGAGACUGCUACCUGGCGGGAGCGACUCUUGGAUCUGGAGAACAACCUCCGCGAGACGCUUGGUGAUUUGACUGGCAGUCGCUCUAGUCUAAUUACAAACAUUGUCAAGCUGCAGAAGGAGCUCGAGUCGACAGCAUUGGAACUCGAGAGCACUCGUUCCAAGCUGGACGAAAAGGAGUCGCUCUUGCGGAACCGCGAUGCCCUUCUCGAGAGUCAUGGUCUCGAAUCGCGCAAGCUGUCUGAACUUCUGGACCGCGAGCGCCAUGCCCGCCGAGCAGACAAGCAAUCGUUCGAACAGGCACUCAAGUCACACCACCAGACCUCCCGCAGCAUCACGCAGAGCAAUUCGCGCAUCACUGAGCUCGAACAAGCGCGCAGUAAAGACCACAAACGCUUCACGGGUCUAGAGCAGCAAUUCAAAGAUCAGCUCAGUGAACGGAAUGCCAUGCUCCUCACCAUCUGGAAACGUCUUUCAGCCAUGUGCGGUCCAGACUGGGCACACUCCAACAGCCUCAUCAACGGCAACCUGCCCAGCCAAGAGGUCAUCGGCAACAUCCUCUUUUGGCCUGGAUUCAGCCGCAAUCUCAUGCUCGCUGUUAAGACGAUGGAAGCGGUGAUUGGGGGAUUCAAGAACCGAAUCAAGGGCGUCGAGCGGGAUCUGACCAAGCAGUACCAGACCCUGGAACACACAUUCAGCUUACGGGUGAAGAAGCUCGAUCGUCUCGAGGAAGGAAUCAUGAACAUACGCGCCCAGCAACAUAGCAAGAACCAAUCCGGGACGUCGCCAGAGAUAGCCAAACUGCGUGGCGAGAACCGGUUGCUAAAGGCAGAACUCAACCUGAUCCAAUCGCAUUCCCGCAGUCGCGGACCCGUCACAGGAUCCUCAGCACAGCCUACGUCGCCAACACGCGAGAGCAGCAACGGCGACCCUGCAGCUGACCUCCAAAGAGGCCUCGUGCGAAGCUCCACGACAACCGGCAUCCCGCAACCAUCCCACUUCUCCUCCGCAACAACCCUAGCCGAACAACAAGGCGUCCUAGUCCACGGCAACCACGCGCGCCACGGCUCCACAGACGCAGGCAACAGCGAGAAAUGGAUCCAACGUCUCCGUGAACUCGAAAAGCGGCUUAAAGCGGAACGCGAAGCUAGAUUGCUAGACCGCGGCGGCGCACGGAAGAGACUCGAAGAGCGCGAUGCGGAGAACCAACGACUCCGUGCACAGAUUGAGAGGCAGCAGCGCGCUAGACGGAGUCUCGCUGUGGCGGAUGAGCAGUAUGCUGGGAGGAUUCAGUCUGGUGAUCAACAUGAUGAUGAUCAUAGUUCGAGUGAGGGGACGGGGUUUUAUGUUGAUAUUGAGGUUUAA